AUGGCAUUCCCCACCCCAAGCGACGACAAUGGCUUUGGCCCAGACAUCGUCGGCCCUCCCGACUAUCAGAUUCCCAACCCGCAGCUUACACUCCUACAGCGCCUUCUCUUUCGCAGUCCCGAUCAAUAUUCCGCAAACAUGAAAAAGAUGCUGAGCGCCGCGGCUGCAGGCAUGGGCCGCCAUCCCACCCAGGAUGAGGUUAAUGUCCUCUGCCACAUAGCUUACAAGGAAGCCGCAACAGCAGCCUGGACUAUUCCCGUAACUAUUGGAUUGGCCGCUAUCUUGACUUGGAAUACCCGUGGCACCUAUCGCUUCCCUUUCUACCAGCCCAAGUUCAUCAAAUUCAGUCCCGAUGCUUUCCCGACUGCUUCUAGGCCGAUUCUCCAGGGUCGUCUUGCGAACCGGACCUGGCACCACACGAGGUUUGCAGCCUACUUUGUGCUCUCUAGUCUCGGUAUUGGUCCUUUUGUCGCCUCGUAUGCCACGUCAGUGGCUGUCGCAUCCGCCGCUCGUGACGAACGUCUAAGUCAGUUCCGCAAGGACAUGAAGCCGGAGAGGCUGGUCCAGGUGGCCGCUGACAAAAUGCCACCCGCUAUCUUGACGCGCCAGCGCCAGCGGACUGCAGCCGCUGUCAGUCAACUCGAAAGGGAGUUGGCCAAAUUUCCCUCGGAGGAGGAAGUAGCUCAAAAAGCUGGACCCGAAAACGCGGAGAAAGAGGUUGAGGGGCUUCGGCAAACAGUCUUGUUUGUCCAAGGCAAGAUUGCCGAGUACCGAAGGAUAUUGGAUCAUAUCGAUGGAGUCCUCGAGAAGAGGGGCGAAGGCAGCGCUGGAGAUGACGGGUCGGCGCAGAACAAGGACUACGAGACCCUUUCUGCGUCAAGCUCCACAGGAGGCUACACUUCACCUAUGGAACCCAACUACGCUUCUCCGACAAGCUACUCAAGAGAUCCGCCAUCUUCCGAAGGCAGGCCAGGGUGGGGCUCGGGUCAGCAGAGCUCAUCUGCCCAGCGAAGCAGCAGUAGCAGCCGCAGCGGGCCUUCAGACGACUUGGACUACGACGAUGCAUCGCCUCUUGCACCCGCCGCCCGGUCUGAGGCAUCAUCUGCCCCUAGCACUGGCUCAGCGUGGGACCGUUUGCGACAAGCCUCAAGACAGCCCCCGCGAACUUCCGGGAGUGCCACCCAGGGCCAACAGGGUGAAGCCAAGGGUGCGGAUUACUAUGCGUACGACGCCGCUGACAAGGAGAAGAACGCAGAGAAGGACAAGGCCCAGGCCGAGUUUGAUGCGAUGCUCGAGCGGGAAAGAAGGGGGAACGCGGGGCAGGGCAGUGAACGGAACAGCGGUUGGUGA